GGGGAGCACGCAGGGCGGGUGGCAUGUCUGCAAAUUCUGGAGCGCGCAAGAAGCCCCAGGGUGGGGCGUGGUCGGAGAACGAGCAUCUGCUGUUCCUCAUGGGCUUGCAAACCUACGGUCGCGGUGACUGGCGCUCCAUAGCCUCGAGCUACGUGUUGACGCGGACGCCGACACAGAUCGCCUCGCAUGCGCAAAAGUACUUUCUGCGUAUGGAGAAGGAGUGCGUGAGUGGAGCGAACCCGGGCACGGCCACCUCGCGCAAGUCGUCGUCGCUCCUCACCCUCACCACCGCCAACGCCUACGCCCUCGCCACCCUCCACACCACCCUGUGUCUCAACUCGCCCGGCGAGCGCCCCCCGUCCCGCCGCAACUCACCCGUCGUCUUAAGCCGACUCCGCUCCACCAUGCGAUGGCGUCGGCGUCGGCCUGCUCACAGCUCGCCGCCCUCGGCGACUCCAUCUCGCACCUAGGUGUCGCCACCCAGCCACCGCUGGCCAAAGCCGGCUCGGGCAGCUCGUCCGGCGACGACUCGUCCGGCACUCCCGGCACUCCCACCCGUCCGCUCGGCCCUGUCUCCAUCGAGGAUCAGCUCGACGCGCUGCUCACACGCCAGCCGUCCUUGUUGGGCUUUGGCGGCUCAGCCGACGACUCGGCCACACGUUCCGCUCUCGGCCCAGCUGCGGCUCUCGGCUCUGCUGCCGGCCCGCCGCCCGCCGGCACAUCCUCAUCUGGCCCGCUGUACCUCCCGGCGUCACCGCUAGGCGAUCAGGCCAAAAUCGACCGAGCCAUCUCCUCGGUCGUCUCGUCGUCGCUCGCUAAGCUUGACAAGCCGUCCAAGCUCUCUGCUGUCAUCCACGGCAUCGGCCACCUCCCCAACUUUGCCAUCGCAAGCAUGGGCGCCUCGUCGUCUGCCAACCCGCGCAUCCAGCUCCCGGUACCCAUGCACCUCGAGCACCCGCCCGGCCGUGCCUCGCCGAGCUCGUCGUCAUCGCGGAGCAAAUCAUUGUCCAAGCGCAAGAGCUCGUACUCAAUGUCGCUAGCCCCGCCCGCCAAGCGCCAUCAGCCGCUCCCGCCGUAGCCUGCUUGUCUAUG